GCUGGAGAGACCACCGGGCGGGGAUGAGGAACGGGGAAGACCUGACCUGAACUGACUGUCGGUCAAGCGGAGCAGCAGCAGGAGUGCGUGCGAAGGAGAAAUGCGGUGGGUAGUUGUUCAACCUGACCGCGAACGGCGGGAACCCACUGAGAUCUUGAGCACUUCACGAGGACGAGUGGUUGGGGGUGUGCAUUCUAUCGUCGAUGGUACUCCCCAUUGCGGUCAGUCGCUCGGGAUGGCACCUCAGAGACGAAAACGGAAGGAUGUUGGGACUGAUGCGCCGGUUCUUCAGGGAAAUCUGUCCACUCAGCAACGGGGCCUAAGCUGUACAGCGACGGCGGUUCUCCUUGAUGGAGGAGGUGGGCAGCUUCCGACCCCGGGAAAGGCCGAGGCGGGACAGGGGGCGGCGUUCGCCGAUCCCAAGUUCAAUCAACAUGUGCAGUUGUCAUGCUCCCGAUCUCUCCCUGCGGCAUUGCCACCACUUUCACCGCUGGAGUCGCCGCUUUCUCCGACCUUCCCUGUGCCUUCGCCGUCUCCGCAGGCGUCCACCCCUUCCUCAAUUGGCGCGCUUACUGGUAGAGUGACACGCGCCAGUGCUGCGGCGGCCGUGGCGGCCUCAGUGGUGGGGACCACCUCUGCGUCCAUCGUCGGAUCGCCUGCUGGGGCGAUCGCUCAUGACAAACUACCCCGAUUUACGCAGGGAGAGAUUGCUGCGACAAAUUUGUCCAACAAAUUGUACGGCGUUGGAGGGAUGGCGCCUGCCGCCUCGGUAGACGGGCAUCAUGGACGGGGCGCGUUUGUGGCAGGAAAAGGAGGUACUGGGGGUGGAACAAUUUCGGUGGAAGGAGGGGGUAAUGCGAAGAAGAAGGGAAGGGCAAGAGAUGCGAGCGAAGGCAGAGGAACAGGUAGGGGGCCGCCGUGGCUGGGACAAGGCGGGGGGGUCUCGUUGCGGGCGAGCUACAGGGAAGUGGAAGAGGCGAACGUGUCAUCGAAGGGGGAUAGCGGCUUGAAAGGUAGGAGGAGGUUGACAAGGGAGGCGGAGGAGGAAGAGGAGGAAGAGGACGGUGAUGAGGUGGUGGAACUCGUCGAGGAGGGAGACGAUGACGUGGUUCUUGAAGAGGAUGAGGUAAACAACGCAAUGAAGAAACAAGCGGACGGGUCGGAGGAUGAGGAUCUCUGCUGUGGCGAUGGCGGAAGGAAAGCGCGGCUUGAGGGUGACGAUCAUCUUCGCAGCGGAGGGCGGGGGGCGACAAGGGACUCCGGCGGCGCAGGAGGAGGACGAGCGUUCGUCGGGCAAGAGGAGGCACGAGAGGCGGGCAAGGGGUCCACCGCCGGAAGGGAAAUGAGGAAGGAGUUGGUGGCGAGUGACGUUAUGGGAUUGCCCUCGUCCUCCGCUGAGACGAGGUUCCUAAAUGCGCCGCCGCCUCCUCUGACUGCGGUGGGGAAGAAGGCCUGCACGGGGUUUGCCAUGGAGGCGACAUGGAGGCUGGAGGAGAGCGGUUCUAGGGGAGCAGAUGGAGAAAGUAGUCUCACGCGCCGACUGGUAAAGCAACCACAAGUUACGCGGAACUGCGGAAACGUGCCGAGCGCCGAGGGGAAGCUGGUGGGUAUGGUGGACGUGAGUGGCGAUGCCGUGGUUAUUGAUGGAGAAGGCGGUAUGCCUGCGCAGGUGUCCUUGGAGGAAUUCGAUGGGGUGUCUGGCGGGAAAGGAGAGGAUAGUUCCCCAGUUAUAAAAAAACAGAGAGGAAGACCGAGCAAGAAGCGAAGACAAGGGGAGGUGGCGGCGUCGGUCGUGACGCCGCCGGGACCGAAGGGUAGAGUAGCAGCAGCAGGAGCAGCAACUGGAGAAGGAGGGGGGUCGAGAGAAAUCGAAAUCGGGGUCCCGUCCUCGCCUCGUAGCCAAGGAGGAAGGGAGGUGGUGAUCCUCCCGCAAGGAGGGGUUGGGCAGGGGGGAGAAGGAGGAAGACAUGGUCGCGCCAAGGAAUGCGAGAACGACGCCGUGCUUGAUGGCAGCACGGCGGCCGAAACUGGUGGUCACGCGUCGUCUUCGGUUGUUCGAGGAGGGCAGGGGGGGGCAUCGAAGAAGCGAGCGAAGUUGAAUGCUUUGCCCGGAGGAGGAGAGGGGGGAGCGGGAGGAGUGGGAGGAGGAGUGGGAGGAGGAGUGGGAGGAGGAGGAGGAAGAAGUGGUCACGGAAGAAAUACGAGACAGAAGGCGACCAGGGACUCCGCCGUAGUAGCAGCGACUGUGGCGGCGGCUGCAGUGUCGGCAGUAACGACAACCGCAGGAGCGGGAGCGGAUGCGUCGAUCGCGGGAGAGGAAGCGUCAGAUGGCCGCGGAAUAAGUGCAAGGACUGGGGCGCGAGGGCACGAGAUAGCAUCAUCCUCUCAAGGGCGAGGACGAAAUGUUGGUGGUGGGAAAGGGACUGAUGUGGAGGAAGGAUUGGUGCCUCAGACGGACGGAUUGAGAAUCAUGUUGAUGCAAAAUAACGCAGUGGAGUGUUCGAUUGGGGUGCAGACGGAAUGCGACGUCACGUUGGGCGAUGACGAACGGCAGGAGGGUUUAAGGAGGGAUUUAAUCAAAGAAGGGCGGGGGGGGAGGGGAGCCAAUGAGAUGGUGGUCGAUUUGGCGGGAGAGGAUGUGCAAUCCGGGGAUACGUUUUCACCCUCGGAGAGAGGCAGGCGGUUGACAAGAGAAUGGGCGGCUGCACACGGCGUAGGCCCUCUUGCUGCGGACGACGAACAUGCUGCUGCGGCUUGUAAUGCCGCGAAGAACGGAGGGGUCAAGGGCUCUUUUUGUGCGGAGCAGGCUUUACGCUAUUCUCACGGAAGCCACGGAGGCACGGAGGAGUGUCUAGACGGGGAUUCCUUGGAUGCGCGACCGCGCCCCUGCUCUCUUCGUGCCCCGUCCUUAUCAACGCGUUUCCUAGAUGAGGGAGAUGUUGAGGACGAAGGGGAAGGCCGUCGCGGCUCAUCCCCACUGCCAGAAGCUAGCUUUCGUUCCACGUCCCCUGCUAUCGGUGGUAUAUCCAGACAUCGUGGGCGAGGUGCCGGGCAAGGCAGCCAAUCUCUCCGUGCUUUUUCCUCCAUUCUCUGCCGUCCUGGUGCCCUGUCGAUCGAGGAGGAAGACGAUCAGCAGAUUCCCGAUCCGCAAGUGCAGACCUUGAACAUGGAUCCCUCGUCUGCGCCGCAUGGAACAUCCAAAGGAGGGGGAAGAGCCAACGCAACGAUCUCACAGCAGCAGCGCAAGCCCACGCGGUCGCCUGUCGUAUGCGCACUUCCGCACUGGGGCGAUGUGGGGGGUCCAGUGGCAACGACGGGAGGAGGGGUGGCGAGUGAGAAUACCUCGUCUGCCAACGUUAACGAGGAAUCGCGGCGGACAGGUGGAGGUGGGGAGGAGAGGCUGAGAGGAACAGGGGGAGAUAGGAGGAUAUCCGUCGGGAAGUCGGCUAAGGAAGGCGCUGCAUCGACCGGCGAAGCCGCCGCGGGGGUGUGUGCAGGAGGUGCGGGGGGGGCACACGGUCCUGGGAGAGGGGGGUUGUCCGUCAAAUCAGUAGUAUUGCCAUGGCAAGCUUGGCAGGGGAACGCGGCGGACACCCCAGGAGCGAACGGCGGAGACGGAUUGAUGGGGGAAGAGGGGGAAGAGAAGCGGAGGACGGCGACGCCAGGUAACCGGCCCUUGCCACGGCGCGUGGAUGGGAGGAGCGUCGAGCUCUUAACGAAUUUUUGUGAGGGAGGCCGCGGAAGACCUAUAACAGGUGGUGGUGGCCUGUGCGCAGGGGAGGGCGGCGGCAAACUACAACUGCGCAACGAAGGAUGGCGGAACGAGGAGGGAAGGGGUGGACGUGAGGGGAUGCUGUCCCCCCCUCGCCCUCCACCGAUGAAGCUGGGCUCGUCAGAGGAGGAGGCGGUCGUGAAGGCCGAGGUAGAUCGUGUUGCCUCCUUUGACUUCGCCGGACGACGACUCAUGAAGAUGGUGGUGGAAACGGAAGCGGCGCGAUCCGCGGCUCCUAAUCCUUCUUCCUCCUCUGUAGCCAAAUGCAGAGACGGUGGACGGUGGAACGAUGAACACGCUGCUGCCCUGUCUACGGCUGCCCCUGGGGACGAUGAUCGGGAACAGUUGACUGGGGAUCAGACAAUGAGUCUCGAGAGAAAGACGACGAUUGUAUCUGUUAGAGCGGAGCGGAUCACCGGCAGCGAUAGCGAACGGGAUGCGAUGAUGGCUGAUUUGAAGGCAGAGGGCCGAGGAGGGUUUUUCGAGGACAGGGGGCGUCGCUCUUAUUCUGUGGAGGCACGGGAGGCAAGGCGGACACGUGUUGGAGGCGGACACGUGUUGGUGACGAACAGGGUGGUGUUGAAAGGACAUGACGGCGGCAGCAGCAGCACGAGCACAAAUACCGGCGUCGGGGGGAGUGCGAGGCCAGGCGAGGGUGGGGAAAGGGGAGAAGGGGAGGCGGUGUGGAGGAGGAAUCUGAUCCCGACAUCAUCGCCGGCGGAUGGGACGACGAUUGGCGAAGUGUGUGGAGCGGAGACCAGAGACGGGGAGAUGAUAGAUGGGCGGCAGGAAGAAGAGAUGGGUUUGUCAGCGAAAGAAGAGCAAGCAGAUGAGGAGCUGGCGAUGGCGCGCAGAGAGCAACAGGAGCAGCAGGGAGGAGGAGGAGGGGGGAAUGCAAGCGCCCGUUUACUGGUGUGGCGGGAGGUUGAGGAAGGCGCGGGAAGCAGGGAUCACAGGAGAGGUAAGGGCAAAUCGGAUCAGGAGGAGGGAGGAAUGCACUUCCCGGACCGAACAGGAAGCGGAAACAGGACCGAACAGCGAGUCGAGAUGAUGAUGGGACCUCCUCCUGCUUCUGUUAUGGCUUCCCCCUCCCGGUUAUCAUCAUCGACUGUAGCCGUCGCCUCCGACGACAUGGCCAAAUGCAGUUGGAUGGAGGCGGAACCCAUCGCUGAUGUAAUAGUACGAGGAAGGGCGUUCUCGAAAGCGACGAGGGAAUCAAACGAAGACGAAUCGACGGUGGCCAACGCCAAGUUGCGGCAAGAUGAUCGCGGCGAAGGCGCAGCAGAAGCGGGGGGGGGGGGCGAUGCGUCGGCGGCUGACCGGUUGCUGCGAGCCAUAAGCGGCGACCAGCAGCAGAUGGAGCGAACGAGGCAUGUGAGAGCUGCAGGAGCACGGCACGUGGCAAGUUCUGGCGGCUGGCUCGACGAACGGGAAGCGGAGUUACCGAUGAACGAGGAGGGAGGACUUGGGGUUGGCGGCGGGAGGAAUGAUGAUGGGGCACGGCGACGCGAAGAAGGGGAGGAGCCGCAGGGUACCUCUCCUUGGGGGAAUGUUGAAGUCAAAGAGGGUUCGCCGGACUUGGUCGAGGGCGCAACGGGAUGCGCGAAGGUGUUCUCGGCGGGAGACGAAGGUAUCGAGGCCGACAAAAUGGUGGAGGGAUUGGCCAGCGGCGAUGAGGAUGAGGAGGAUGAAGAUGAUGAGGAGGAAGACGAUGAAGAAUCGGGAGAUGAUGCAGAAGCAGAGGGAGAUGAGGAGGAGGAGGAAGAGGACGACGAAUGUGACGAUGAUGAGGAUGAGGAAGAAGAAGAAGAAGAAGAAGAAGAAGAAGAAGAAGAAGAAGAAGAAGAAGAUUCGGGGGCAGAUUCCGCGGGCUACAGUCUGCCCAGCAGCGGGAGGCGGCGGAGGGCGGAAGCGGCGGCAAGGAUGCGCGCGGGGAAAAGCAGCGAACGAAGUUCCAGCAGAAAGGCCAGAAGGUGCCGUGCCUGUCCUACGAGCAGUAUACCUUUCUCUCGCUCAGCACACGAAGGAACAGAACCCGAGGAGGAGGAUGGUGGGUCGGAAGAGGUGGUCUUUGUUGAUGGCGAGUCGGGCGGCUCUUCGAAGCUGUCCUUGAUUGCGCGACGACGAGGCGGGGUCGGAUCUUCUGGCCGAAGAGCGGGGGAUGGCCGUGCAGGUUCUCGCCGCAAUAUAGGACAGUCAAGGCUCAGGGGCAAGGAUGAGAAGCGGAGAGCAGAGCGGAAGAGAGCAGGCUCCUUGGGGACCACGAAACUGUUGCAGCAGCACCAACAGCAACAACAACAACGGCAACAGCCGCCGCCGCCGCAGCAGCAGCAGCAGCAGCAGCAGCAGCAACAGCAGCAGCAACAGCAGCAGCAGACGCAGCAGGAAGAGAGCCCAGUCGUCAAGCUGCAAAAGAAAGCCGAGAUUUGCUCAUCUCGGCGACUUCCCAAGCAUCCAGAACCUCCAAGAGCGAAGUGUCAUUGGGAUUACUUGCUUGAGGAGAUGGCUUGGCUCGCAAAGGAAGAGGAGCAAAGGCUUCGCCGCGUUGCGGGCAACAUCACGAAGGAGGUGAAGAAGUUCUGGGCCAAGAUUGAGAAGCUGGUUAUCUACAAACAUCAGCUCAUGCUGGAGGAGAAAAAGAAGCAAGCGCUGGACAAGCAUUUGGACUUUCUGCUGGGCCAAACUGAGCGAUAUUCUUCAAUGCUUGCUGAGAACCUCAGGGCUGCUUCUCCUGUCAGCGGCCCAGCUGCUGGUCCUUUGACUGUGGUGGACGCUCAUAUGCCGCAUCCAAAAUCGCCACCUGUAGAAUCAUUGUCUAUCCAAGCACGUUUGUCACCCCCGGUUGAGACUUGCACUGCCAUUCAAGCAGCUGAAGCUCAUACUGCUAAGCAAGAAAAUACUGGGAGUCUGCAUGUGGAAGACAGCGCUCUGUUGAAAUGCAGCCCUAAGGAAGCUCUCAGUGAACAGAACAUCGGAACUGUUCCCACCAAUGCUGGAAUGCUUAAACAAGGGCGUGAUGGAAGAUGCACACGGAGGUCCACUCACUUGGCUGUAAAGGAUCGGGAUGCCCGACACACAAAUGACGCUCGGGAGACUGCUGAACAUGAUGACGAAUUUCAACUGAAUGACGACGAUGUGGAGGAGGAUGACGAGAGCACAUUAGAAGCUGAGGAGGCGUUGAUGCAGACUGAUGAAGGGAGGGUAGCUGUAGAUGAGGAGUUGGAUGCGCUGAGAAGGGAGAGUGAACUCCCUAUCGAAGAGCUCCUGAAGCGGUAUAGAGCCAUGGGCGAUUUUCGUGAUGACAAUGAGGAAAGUGAUAAGGAUGAGGACAGUGAUGAGGAAGAAGAGGAGGAUAACAAUGAAAAUGGUCCUUCUGUCAAGGAUGAAUGUGCUGACGACGGUGCAGGAGCUUCUCCGCCGAUGGAUGAGAAGACCGGAGCAGUGGUCUAUGGUGAUGAACAGAAGAAGGAAAGCAAUGCGGGGAAGGUGGUUGUUAGGGGAUGUAAUUCUGAGGUGAUUGCUCCUUUCAAGGAUGGGAGUGCACAAUGGACUGAAGGGGCGUACGACGCAUGUACAGUAGGAGAGGGCGAUAGCAUAGAUGGGGGCAAUUCCCCGGGAAAGGAUACAAUAGGGCCAUAUCAGGUAAUGGGUGUUGGGCGGAAAGUUGUUGCCACGCCAAGGAGGGAAGACAUAGGAGUGAAGGAGGAGAAGCCCAGGUGGGAAGUGCUACAAGGAGUAUUAGGGAACGAGAACUCAACAAAGGAUGGUGGAAUGACUGGGGACAAUAGUGUUCCUCUGGAUGCUGCAGCCUCUAAGGAUCUUGUUGACACGAGUGAUAUUGACGCUGCUGGUUUUCAGAAGUUGGAAAUGUUGGAGGAGAGGAGGAGACUGUCGGAUGUGGAGGUUCAGAAAAGGGAGGAGAAGGUGUGUGGAAGUGUGCGUGGGACAAGGGACUUGGAGGAUAAUUAUGCCCAAGGCCACUCUACUGUAGAUCCCAGAGAAUUCUUGGGAACAAUUGGUCCUGGGAAGAGAGAGGGAACGGAUGUGGAGGUGGGCGGGGUGGAUAUGCCAGGACAAUUUUUAAGCAGCGGAUGUGCAAGGAAAGCUGUUGCUGAUGACAGGGGGCAAAGGGCUCGGCAGAGGCGUAGGAAGAAAGUUGCGAUUGAGAAGCUUGUCAGUGACCGGAAGGAUGACUAUGAAUACAAUCCAAGGCUAGUGGACAUGAAAGAAGAAGAGGGUCAUUGUCUACAGGCUGCAGGGCAUGUGAAGCAGGGCUCAGAGCGAGAGGGGAUAGACAGCGAGGCUGAGAGUGAUAGCUUGGAGGCAGAGGACAGGGAUGAACAGCCAUCGAGAAUUUUGAGGGAGAAUGAAGUAGGUAGAAGUGUGCAGCUGCAGUCUCAGGGUGAUGGGUGUGUAAAUGAUAUGGAGAGGCGGAACAAGAGGGCGAACAGGGGGCAGAAGGGAGGUGAAGAAGAACUCCAGAAACAAGCAGGAGGGGGUGUGCUUGCAUCAAAUGCUGAGGCAACUUUGGAUAGGAGAAAAGUGGUGAGGGAUGCGGCACCGCGAGCUUAUUUAGAUCAGAACAUUAGGAAUAAUGAUGUCCGUCAGGAGGGCAGCCAUGUUGUAUGUAGCAGUACAAGUGGGGCUACCUUGGGUUCACUGAAGGAAAAUGGAGAUGCAGUAGGUGUGGAAUUUCCAGAGGAGGGACGUCUCAAUAUGUCUGGCCUGAAGGCAUGUAAUUAUGUUAGUGCCAACCCGAUGGGGACGAUUCUGACUGCAGACAGUGAGGAUCUGGCAGCUCGUUGUGCCGAUGGCGUGACUUCAACAGCAGCCAAUGUAGAUAUCGCUGGUUUGGAUGCGAAAACAGGUCAGGUUGAUGAUUCCUCAGCAGCGGUGGAGGCUCCAGGAUUGGUUGGUAACCAACCUGGAGAGGAUCCAAAUGUCAGGGUAUUCCCAUGCAGUGGAUGCACAGAUACCGUAGAUGGGACAGGCAGGGAUGGAACCCUUGGUGACGAAGGAGCCGAGAAAAUGGCAGAAGAUGGCAGUGGAUUAGAAGGCAGGAAAGCAGUGGGAGCUGCGGAGGGAGCUGAUGCUUAUGGGGAGGAAGAUGGUGAUCAGGAGGGAGGAAAAACUAGCAAGGAGAGGCUAGCUGAUGCAGCGGCGGCUGCAAUGUCAGCACAACCGACAGGGUACACUUUUUUGACAACAAAAGUGAGAACGAAGGUUCCAUUUUUACUAAAACACUCUCUGAGGGAGUAUCAGCACAUAGGGCUGGAUUGGCUGGUAACCAUGUUUGAGAAGAGGCUGAAUGGAAUCCUAGCGGACGAAAUGGGGCUAGGGAAGACAAUUAUGACAAUCUCAUUGUUGGCCUAUCUUGCAUGUGAGAAAGGUAUAUGGGGUCCUCACCUCAUCGUUGUGCCAACAAGCGUGAUGCUGAACUGGGAGACAGAGUUCAUGAAAUGGUGCCCAGCUUUUAAGAUCUUGACCUAUUUUGGAAAUGCGAAAGAGAGGAAGGUAAAAAGGCAGGGAUGGUCAAAGGGUAAUUCCUUCCAUGUGUGCAUCACGACUUACCGUAUAGUCAUUCAGGACCAGAAGGCCUUCCGUCGAAAGAAGUGGAAGUAUCUCAUCCUUGACGAGGCACACAUGAUCAAGAAUUGGCGAUCGCAGCGGUGGCAGACACUUCUUAAUUUCAAUUCGAAGCGAAGAAUACUGCUGACUGGUACACCAUUGCAAAAUGACCUAAUGGAGCUGUGGUCGCUGAUGCAUUUCCUCAUGCCACAUGUCUUUCAGUCCCACUCCGAAUUCCGGGACUGGUUCAGCAACCCCCUAACAGGCAUGGUUGAAGGACAGGAGGUGUUAAACAAGGAGCUUGUUGAUAGGCUGCAUAAUGUUCUCCGGCCAUUUCUGCUGCGGCGGUUGAAGUCGGAUGUUGAGAAGCAGCUUCCCCAGAAACAUGAGCAUGUUCUCCGGUGCAGACUGUCAAAGCGGCAAAGGAACCUGUAUGAAGAUUUUAUGGCCAGCUGCGAAACGCAGGCCACACUAGCUAGUGGCAAUUUUCUCGGCUUGAUCAAUGUGUUAAUGCAGCUUCGCAAAGUGUGCAAUCAUCCAGAUUUAUUUGAGGGGAGGCCUAUUGUAUCUGCAUUCGACAUGCAAGGGAUAAGCUUGUAUGCCAGUUCAGAAGUGGUAUUGGCGCAUAAGAAGGGUGUAUUUGAGGCUGUCAACCUCACAGAGAUGAACCUCCGAAUUGUCGAGUUUGAAGACAUGCACGUCUGGGAGGCAGAGGAGGUGGCCAGUUCACGGGUUCCUUCUGCAAAGAUCAUUGAACUUGCAAACACAGGUGAGGACACAUGGAAGAAGGAGACAUCCGAGAAGAAGAAGCCAGAAGGCGUAGAGGCAAUCCUUGCGGAGGUUGCCGAAAGAAUGCGAGCUCAUCGAGCCAAACAACAGCAAGAAAGCUUGAAAGCAUUGGUGGUGCUUAAUGAAUUGCGUUGCAAUAGACGCCCAGUAUAUGGGAAGGACUUGAGGAAACUUGUGGAGGUGGAGAAUCCUAUCUACCAUGUGCAUAAGAUUGCCUCUGAUCCUGCUCGAUAUCUGGAGUACUCGUCUGUGCUAGCAGACAUUGUGAAGACCUUCCUGUGGCGCUGUGAAUCACUGCAGGACCUGAUUACCACCUUUCUGUUCGCUAUACCUGCUGCCAGAGUUCCUGCUCCUCACCUUUGGUGUAGCCGUCCGUUUCCAUCUGACGUAACAAGAGCUCAGCGGUUUGAGGAAGAUAUGACUGCAAAGAUUCUACCUUUGCUGACUCCACUUCGAACGGCAAUAGUGAGAAGACAGCUAUUUUUCCCAGAUCGGCGCCUGCUACAGUUCGACUGUGGGAAACUGCAGGAACUUGCAGUUCUUCUUCGACGUCUGAGGUCGGAAGGCCAUCGAGCACUGAUUUUCACUCAAAUGACAAAGAUGCUGGACAUAUUGGAGAGCUUCAUCAAUCUCUACGGAUACACGUAUAUGCGGCUUGAUGGGAGCACAAAACCUGAGGAGCGGCAAAUUCUAAUGCAGAGAUUCAAUACCAAUCCGAAGAUAUUUCUUUUCAUCCUUUCUACACGGAGCGGUGGCGUUGGUGUCAAUCUUGUUGGAGCAGACACGGUGAUCUUUUAUGACAGUGAUUGGAACCCUGCAAUGGAUUUGCAAGCUCAGGAUAGAUGCCACCGAAUCGGCCAGACGAGGGAAGUGCAUAUCUACAGGCUGGUAUGCGAGAGCACUAUCGAAGAGAACAUUCUGAAGAAGGCCAAUCAGAAGCGUGUCCUUGAUGACCUCGUGAUCCAGAGGGGACAAUAUGAUACCGAAUUCUUCAAGAAGUUGGAUCCUAUGGAGCUUUUCAUGGGUGAGAAAAUGCCACAGCUGACAGACAAGGCAGGUCCUGAUUCUGCCCCCAAGGAGAUAUCGUCUGCCGAAGUAGAGGCUGCUCUGAGGAAUGCUGAGGAUGAGACGGACUUCAUGGCUUUGCAGAGGGUGGCCCAAGAGGCUGCAGCUGAUCUGCAGGAGUUUGCAGAAGAGGUUCCUGUGGGAGGUAUGGAUGAAGAUGAAGGAGGAGAGGAUGGAGAACAAGGAGGUGCUGCAACAACAGUGAAAGCCUGUGAAGGAACGCCAGCAUCGGCAAGAAAAGGAGCAAAUGAUGUUGUUGUUGGGGACCCGGUGACCUUUCCAUCCUUGGAAGUGGCAGAAGACGAUGAAAUGCUAGCGGAUGUUCGGCAGAUUGCUGCCGCCGCUGCUGCUGGUGGAUCAGGACCAAGUUCCUUUGAAGAUAAACUACGGCCGAUAGAGAGGUAUGCAAUGCGAUUCUUGGAGGUAUGGAACCCCGUCGUCGACAAGGAUGCGGCGGAGGCAGAAGUUGUCUAUGAAGAGAAGGAGUGGGAGCUUGACCAGCUUGAAAAGCUCAAAGUGGAACAGGAAGCUGAACUCGACGAUGAGGAUGAGCCUCUCUUCUGUGAGAACUGGGACACAACUCUGGCAGAUGAAGCUUACCGAGCACAAGUGGAGAGUCUGGCUGCCCAGCAGGAAGAGCAGAGACAGCUGGAGUGGGGAGCCAUGCAGCAAGGUGGAAGAGCUGGUCACCAAAGGCCCAGGGGAAGGGAUGACUAUGCUGCAGAUGAUUCUGCUGGAGGAAAGCAGGAGGCUGAAGCUGGUUCGCACCAGAAGCUCUCUGUAAAAUCCAAGAAGGUCCGCUUCAAGUCAUUGAAGAUGGCAUCAUUGGAUGGGAUUAGAGAAUCAAGGGUCGAAACAGAUGCAUCUUUCAAGCUGAAGAAGAAGAAAAUGAAGAACAAGCUUCGGGAUAUGGGUAAACUUUCGAUGGAUUCACAACCCUCUGAUUCAACUUUUGACGAAGACUCGUCUCUUAGCAGUCCAUCCAACCGAAAGAGGAAGGCAGGAAAGGAGAGUCCGGAAGAUCUCCAGCUUUUGAGCAAACGGUCUAAACACCUCAAGCAGUUGGGAAGGAGCUCCUCAGGAAUGGAUGCCUCUCAAGCAGGUUUUGGUCAGAUUGUUGUUGCCGGUACAGUACCGACCAACGAGGAUGAUUACACAGGGCGCAAAGGAAAAGCAAAGGCGAAGGCAAAGCCAAAGAAAAGACUGGAAGAGCUGGAAGAGUGGUCAAGAGCACGGGACACGGAUCAGCAAGGACCAAAAGAUCAAGGAGCUGCUGGCACUGUCGGAGGUAAAGCUGGUGACAACAGCACAGGGAAAGAGCGGGCCAAAGGAGCAUCGGAGCAACCAAAGCGAGGUUUGGUUACAGGAGCAGCCGCUGCUCCGAAGAAGGCUCUCCAGCUGAAACUUGAAAGAGAGAGCAAGAAAAAGAAAGGAUUUUCUAUGGUGCGGGACGAGCAUGCUCCUCCAGCGUCACCUUGGACGGUUGCUGAGGACGCUGUGUUGUGUGCAGUCGUUCACGAGUAUGGAGGAAACUGGUGGCUUGCUAGUGAUGUCCUUGCUGGAAUGCCUGAUGGAUCGUUAUUCAGGGGAAGGCACAGACUUCCGUUCCAUUGCAAGGAACGGUUUCGGCAGCUUUUGGCAUCCCAUAUCAUUGCUAUUAGUGGAGAGGGAGGAGCAGCUUCUGCUGGGUCUGCUGUGCCCAAUUUCACGGGCCAAGUCCGUGUAACAGAGGAGCAUACGAGGAAGCUGCUAGAUUCUGUCCAGCAGCAACCUGAUGAAGAGUUUUUGCUUGAACAUCAUUUCAGUGCAGUCGUGACCUCUGCUCGUCGGUUCAGCGGUCAGGCAAUACCACCUGUGCCUUGCCCAGCGACCGAGGCCGUGAGAGAUAAUGGCUUUAUCCAGGUACCAAAUUGCCCUCCGUUCCCUGAGCAGCACCGCCAGCCGAACACUUGGAGGGGUCCGCAUGCCCUGCCGUGGCCGUCCAUGGAAGCAAAAGAUUCUAUGGUUGCCCAGAUGCUUGUGAAAGUGGGUCAUGGCCCUGUCAAUGUCUCAGCGGCAGGGCGUGCCAGUGCAGAACCGGAGGGAGAGAUGGACGUUGUUGCUGGACAACAACGCAUGUUUGGAGACUCUGAUAUCGAUAUGAUGGAAGAUGCGGAUAUGACCUGGAUGGACAUCGUGGAGUGGAAUGGACCUAGGAGCAGCAAUUCGUGGAACGGAGUACCGCCGCCAGUGCACCAUCUACAUUGCCAAACCUCUCAAGGGAAACUGAUUCUGGAGCAGCUCUCCUUACCUGUUGUGUAUGAAACAGCAAAUGCUGCACAAACCAUGAAUAAUGCUGCACAAGCUAUCAGGAGUCAGGCUGGAGCAUUAUGCGAAGAGCGAUACCGGAUGGCUGCAGCCAUGGCAAACGAUGGACGGCACAGGGAAUGGGCAGCCUCAGCGAGAUUGAUGGUGAAGGUGGAUGAACUUCAUGCCCCGCAGAUGAAACCCUCUGGGCAGAACAAAAGGAGGUCGGCAGCGGAUCCUUCGAGGCCAAAGCAGCCAAAAAGCUCACGGCAGCCAAAGGUUGCAAAGACUGCUGUUUUGUGUGCACCCGGUCCAAGCCUACAUGGUGGAUCAACAGCUUCAUUACCAUCAGCAGACUGUAAAGUGUUAGAGAACACAGCUCAGGGGUUUGGUGCUCAGGCUGACAACAGUGCACAGACAACAGGUCAGCAUGACAUGGGCGAUGGUGGUAGUCGGCGGGAUGCUGUUGGUGAAGGAGGUGCUGCCAAGCUGGCAAAGAAGCAAAGUGCCACGGGUAAGGAUGGCGUCGUCGUUUUGAAGAAGGGUGGUCUUGGCAGCAGGGUGAUUGGAAAGCAGCCAAAAGGUGCUAAAGGCAAGGAUAAAGUCAAAGAUCAAGGGGCAAAAGACAAGUUGGACCCCACGUUGAACGAGCCUCAAGCGACCACUUCCGCUGCUGCAGCAGGAGCGACUCUGAUGACAACAGACUCCCCAGGCUCGUUUGAAGGAGAGGCAACUGCCAACCAAAAUAUGAGAUCAGAGGGCGGCGGCCAGGAUGUGUCUCAUGCGCCAGAGAACAGGAGUGGAGGAGAGCAUGGAGCAGGACUGAGCCGGAAGACCAAGAAAACACCGGCAAAGAGUAGAGCCAGCAAGAAAGAUGGUGCGACAAUCUCGCUAGGAAAGGAAGCAAAGGCCAAAAGGUUGGACAGCAGCAUCGCUGUGGCAGCGCAGACGAGCCAACAUGGCCCACGAAGUCCAAUUGGAGGUCAACCUGGUGCCCAGGGAUUCAGUGCACAAAAGCCGCAGAUUAAUCUGAACACGCCAGUUCAGGUGUCAGACGAGGCCAAUGGAAUCACAGAAGAAAACCCGCGCUGCAUGCCUGCUGCUACCAGCAGUGGAGGGCAGCAAACAUGCAGUCCGUCUUCGCGGCGGAGUCCGAAAGGUAGCGUUCCGAAAGGUGGUCCCAUUCAUCCUGGCUUUGCACAAGCCUGGGGCUCCGAUGGUCGGGGAAUUGCUGACUGUCAUAUGAGUCCGCUUCAGGCGAGUAUGCGACCAUGUGCGGCAAAUCAACAGCAAGGAAGGAGCAGCAUGUCUUGGGAGGAGUUGCUGUACUCGGAUGGGUUGCACCCUUUGGACACAAAUACCAGGAUGCUGCAAGCUGAAUCUAGGAAAAGCCCAUUCGAUGGCGAGGCUCUGGUUAGUCAAUUGCGAAGAGGGGAUAUGGAGGUAAACGAUCAACCACAGUCCCGUUUCCCAAACGAUUAUGGUGUAUGUUCGUCCACAAGGCAUCUGCUUGCAGGAGGCCCUUCAUCACAGCUGUUGCAGGCUACUGCAGAGGGCAUGAAAGUGGGAGAACAGAACCUGAGGUCAUCAGCACAUGCAUGGCUGGGAUAUAAUCUUCCGUCUGGGGAACGCAGCGCAGAUGGGGCAAUGAAUCCUCCACAGCUUCAGGAUGGAAGAUUAGCAGCCCACGCUCUUCAGGUUUCCCAGCGAAGCACCAGCAGCAGUGUGAGUAUGCUGAUGCAACCGCCAAAUGUGCCGUCGGCAGUGGGCAUAUCAGAUGCGCAUGCCAGAUUGGGUAUGAGAAUGGCAGAGGCUCGCAUGGCACAUGACGGAGGGAGCAUGGGUAAUCAGGUUACUGUCUCACAGAUGCAGGAAAGUGGUGCUCUGUUCCAGUCCCCUCCAAGGCUUGAAGCUUCAGGAAAUCAGUUGUUUCCAAAAGUGAGCACUUCAUUCUCUGCUCUUUUGUCUGAAGACGAGAACGCCAUGCAUCCCACCCAGUGGGGAGCUAAGCAACCGCCACCGGCACCUGCACCUUUACCACUCAUGCAUUCGGACAGUCCAGGCUGUGUCUCAACCGCACCGCCAGCAGCACGCCUCUUCCCCUCGUUCUCGAGAAGCUUGCAACAACAGCCAUGGGAGCCCAGGUCGUCGAUUGAUGUAGCCGUGCCACCGUUCAAUGAAGCCCGUCAUGAACGCAACAUGUUGUCAUUUGGCGGGUCGGUCCUCAUGGACCCAAGCAUUUCCGUGCAGCAUUCCGUUGCCCAGCCUCAUUCCGUGCCGUCAUCUAUGUCUUCAGGGUUUGGAGCUGCCUUUUCAUUUCCUACGUAUCAAGGGUCCCCGGGUUCUACUGUGCCGAAUGUGCUGCCACUCAGCAGCAAUGCUCAGCCACCGGCUUUUGCAGGUACCAAAUGUGCAGAGUUUCCCGAAGUGAGCCGGGGAAUGGAGGCUGUAGAGAUGCGUGAUAUUCGUUGGCAUGCUGAGCAGACAAUGGAUAGUGUGCCAGAUCUAAUGGGAUCGUCUUUGACUCCCUCGGCAUUGCAAAUGGGUCCUCGCAGAGGGGAGCUAACUCCAUCUGAAAUGCUUCCGUGGCCUGAUCUGGGUCUUUCACUUGGCAUGGGCAGAGGUCUGAGGCGAAGCAAUCUCUAUUUAGAUCUGCGGCAGCCUCCGCCGCCCGAGUCGCCUUGAUUGGAUUCGUCUUUGAGUGUUGCUGGAGCAAUGCUUACAGAAAUGGGCGUGGCGACGGGAUUCAUCAUUUGCAUUUGCAGUAGCUGGCACAAUAGGAAGUCGUUAUUGGAGCUCUCCUAUCGGAAAGGAGAGAAGAUAAUUGGGCAGCCCAUAUCCAUAUCCUUUUGAACUCUGGAGUCAGGGAAGGUGGUGCAAAUUUCCACCCAACAUUUAUUGCAGCCAACAUCGAUGGAUUUUCAUCCUGCCGUUCAUGCCUCUAGCCGGCCAACUAUGUGAAUAUCAAGAGUGCUCUUGCGGCCGGGCCGCGCCGGGCCGGGCCUCGUCUCCCCUCCCCUCCCGCCCUUAUCCCAUCUUGUGCCCAGGCAUGAGAACAAAGAGCUCAGCGUGGGCAAGGAGUGAUGAGGAAGUCUCUUUUGGUUAUUCUCCUUAGGCUUAUGUAGUUACCUGACAUCGUCAACCCUCUGACUGUGCUUUUAUGUUCGCGUUUGUGCUAUGGCAGGAGAGCAAGAGCUCAUGUUAUGUGUGCUCACACACACAAGUGACGUGUUCUUUUUGGGCUGUGUGUGUGUGUGUGUGUGUGUGUGUGUGUGUGUGCGUGUUACGAUGUGUGUGCAUGUGCGUGCGUGCACAAUAUGAGCAUGGGUGGGUAGGUGGCAGAUACGAGAACAGACCACGGUAAGCGGUUUGUGGCGGGGCUCUUUCUACGUGGGGUGGGUUAGUGAGACAACAUAGUAGCGAAGUAGGUGAUAGAGAUAGGGUUAGGGGAUGGAGGAGGUGGUAUAACCCAGUCGAUGCUGCCAUUGGAGAACAACCCUCUGCGGUUGGUUUCCAUGUGUUUCAUAGUGCCAGUCAGUGUUGGUGAGGGGUUCUGUACAUGAAUAUGUGACAUAUUAAGUUCUUUUUUUCCACGACAUGCUCACUGCUUUGUUUAUCACAACGAGUGUUAACAGCCACAACGUUUCCCUACAUUUCCUUUGUUGGAUGCAUGUGAUUCCAACGUGUGGCCUACAUAAUAAGAGAAUGUUCUCCUCUCUUCUUAUUAUGUACUUAUGUAUGUCUGUGCAGAAUGCCGUUGACUCUGCACUGAGUCUGCAGCGAUGCUGCGCUGUGUGUUGGUGCUCCUGAACGCCGUCGCCCCCUUCGUUGUGCCUUUCCAGCUUCCUUUCCUCUCUUUCCUGUGUGCAUUUCUUUUUACCAGGGAUGCGUUCUAUUCGAAUACAGAUUCCUUGUUCACGCAUCCCUUUUUGUGUCCUGCAACGCUAAGUGCGAAGCAGUCCCCAGUCCCAGGUUCCAAGUUCCAAUGAAACGUAAUUCCACAG